CAGCUGCUGCCCUCUGCCGAGCUGACGUGGCGAGAGUCGAAAAUGCUUGUGUGUAAACAUUCCUUGAGAUAAAAGUCGUAUUUGAGGUCCAUUUUCACGUCAAAAUGAUAUCCUUGAGGACAUUACUGGUCGUAUUUAACCUGUUCUUCGUUGCUGUGGGUGAUGAACACACACAUACGUACAAAGACUUGGAAGAGGUGGUACUAGAGGAUGAAACAGUAGGGCCAUAUCACAACAGGCAGGAGACCUACUCAUACUUCUCCUUGCCCUUCUGUGUGGGGCCCAAGGAGAAGAUUUCCCACUACCACGAGACACUGGGGGAAGCUCUACAGGGGGUGGAACUCGAAUUCUCAGGGUUGGACAUUGACUUCAAGACUGAUGUGGCUAAAACUGUAUAUUGUGAGGUAGAGCUGGAUGAAGUUCGACUCAAGACUUUUGUUUAUGCUGUGAAGAACCACUACUGGUACCAGAUGUACAUCGAUGACCUUCCAAUUUGGGGCAUAGUAGGCGAAAUUGAUGAGGCCAAUGAUGCCUACUACAUCUGGACACACAAAAAGUUUGAUCUGGGCUAUAACGGCAACCAGAUUGUAGAUGUGAACCUGACCUCAGAGUCCCGGCAGAAGCUGGAAUUGGCCAAGAUUAAAUUCACCUAUGAGGUCAACUGGAAGAAGUCCGGGGUCAAGUUUGAAGACCGCUUCGACAAGUACCUUGAUCCAAAUUUCUUCCAGCAUAGGAUUCACUGGUUCAGCAUUUUCAACUCUUUCAUGAUGGUGAUCUUCCUGGUGGGUCUUGUAUCCAUGAUCCUCAUGCGUACCCUGCGUAAGGACUAUGCUCGCUACUCCAAAGAUGAGGAAAUGGAUGACAUGGAACGAGACCUUGGUGAUGAGUAUGGCUGGAAACAGGUCCAUGGAGAUGUCUUCCGCCCCCCAUCGCACCCCAUGCUCUUCUCAGCGCUUGUGGGCUCGGGCUACCAGAUGCUUACCGUCACCUUCCUCGUCAUCCUCCUUGCCAUUGUUGGUGAACUGUAUACAGAACGAGGAUCUAUGGUCAGCAUUGCCAUCUUCAUCUAUGCUGCCACAUCACCUGUAAACGGUUACUUUGGAGGCUCAUUAUAUGCGCGAAUGGGAGGGAAAGUUUGGAUUCGGCAGAUGAUGAUGUCAGCAUUCAUGCUGCCAUCCCUAGUGUGUGGCACUGCUUUCUUCAUCAACUUCAUUGCUAUCUACUACCAUGCCUCCAGAGCCAUUGCAUUCACUAUUAUGCUGGCCGUCAUCUGUAUCUGCACUUUCGUCAUCCUCCCCCUCACCCUUGUGGGGACAGUGCUGGGCCGAAACCUGGCUGGGCAGCCCAACUACCCCUGCCGUAUCAACGCAGUUCCACGGCCCAUCCCUGAGAAGAAGUGGUUUAUGGAGCCCUUGGUUAUCAUCCCUCUAGGGGGUAUACUACCUUUUGGCUCCAUUUUUAUUGAAAUGUAUUUCAUCUUCACUUCCUUCUGGGCCUACAAGAUUUACUAUGUGUAUGGCUUCAUGUUGCUGGUGUUCCUGAUUCUCCUAGUGGUGGUUGUAUGUGUCACCAUAGUGUGUGCGUACUUCUUGCUCAAUGCAGAGGACUACCGGUGGCAGUGGACCAGCUUCUUAGCGGCUGCCUCUACUGCUGGCUAUGUUUACCUCUAUGCCACCUAUUACUUCUUUUUCAAAACAAAGAUGUAUGGUUUCUUCCAGACCAGUUUUUAUUUUGGCUACAUGGCCCUAUUCAGCGUCACUCUGGGCAUAAUGUGUGGCACCAUUGGCUAUGUAGGCACCAGCAAGUUUGUGCGAAAGAUAUAUUCCACCGUUAAGAUAGAUUAAAGGAGGAGACUUGUGCGGUUGGUCGGUUUGUGACAGGACGACAGACUACUGCUUCAUAAGGACAGACAAUAGCAUAUCUCAGAAAAAGGCACUGUAGUAUUCCCCAUACAUGCCAGAAAAAAUUCCAGAUAGCUGAAAAAAAAGUGAAAAAAAAAAGAAGAAAAAAGUACCGCACUUAAAAAAGAGAAAAUUGGAAAGCCAUGUGCCACACCAGUGUGAGGUGAGCCACUAGGAAAAUAAUUCCGUGAGGGGGUCGAGUCUAGCACAAAAACUUUCUACACGAUCUGUGGCCUCAUCUGUUAAGUCACCCGUGACACUGCGGAGAGGUUCUCUCCCCCCUUUACAAUUGCGACGCCCUGAUGUGAUAUUGAGAAUGUAGUGUAGACAGAAAGUGUGUUUAUCUUGGAUCCUUUUAGAGAGAGAGAGAGAGAAAAUUCCUUCAGCUUUAGGAGUCUGUUAACUUGUUAGUCUCAGACAAUUUUUUAUAUAGAAUACCCGCUACUGCAGCAAGUGACAUUGAGUUGAAGGAGGAUUCCUCUCCCUCCUCCCCUAGACACAAGCGCAUCCUUUGGUGGGACAAUAUUACGAAGAGGAGAUAUUGCGUGAACUCCCCUAGAAGGCGUCCAGCAAGUGGGUAUUAACAUGGCUAGAUUGUAGAUUGACGUCCAGUUAUAUGGGUAUAUUGAUUCCUUGUUUUCUUAUUUUUCUGUUUUCUAUUCUCUUUUUUUUUUUUUUUCCUUCUUUUUUUCAUUGAUUAGAAGAUGCAUUCAAUUACUAAUAAUAGUGUGGACUAUAUCAAGAUCUUGAUUUUUUUUAUGCUUUUAGCAUUGAAAUAUAAAUGAUUGUAAAAAAAAAGAAAAGAUUAAUCACGUGUUAUUUAUAACAUGGCAGGAACUAAAUGGAAAUCUUGUUAGAAAUAUAGGAAGGAAUAGUGGGGGAGAAAUUUAUUGCCAUGGUUAAGUUUUAUAUACUGUUUACAUAUAUAUAUAUUUAAUUUUAUGUGUGGCAUUAAUUAAUAAAGAGCCACUUCUCCUUAUUUAUUUGACAUGAUCAUUGACAUUGCUUUACCAGUGCUUAAGUUAUAAAAGUUUGAAGCAAAACUUGUGUGUGUGUUUGUGCAUCGGCUGUUGGUAACUGGUUGUAGAUUAUUUCUUUUUACAAAUAAAAAAAUGAAAAAUAAAAAUAUUGACCACAUUUCUGAUCAGUGUGUCUGUCUGCAACAAACUGUUUGGACAUUUUUCUUUCUUUUUUUUUUUCUCUCUCUCUUUAUUUAUAUAUACCUAAUAGAUAUAUAUUUCUUGUUUAUAAAGAGCAAACUUUACAUCUUGAGCAUUUUUUUCCCCUCCCCUCCCUUGAGUGAAAGUUUCUGAAUUAUAUUGGAGUGGAUCUGCACGGGCAUCGGAGAAGGGUUGUGUUUUUACGCCCGGAAGUUUUAAUGAAAUGUUAUGUCCUUCUGAGAUAGUGCUGUCACCCGAGAAAUACAAGUUUUGUAGGUAAAUUGGUAAAGUUAGUAGUGUGUUAUUUUUUAUUUGAAAAUUUUCUAGUUUUUGUUUCCUUUGUUUUUAUUACUUGUUUUAGAAGGAUGUAUAUUUAUUUCUAUGAUUUAUUUUUAGAUGUUUUGUCAGCACAAAUACUUGCUGCAUUCCCAGGCAACAUAUUUUUCUCUAUGCUGUUGUACAUAUAAGUAUAUCACAUCAAAGAUGCCUUCCUUUCGAGAGCGGAACAUUGGGCUCUUUUUUUGUGAUUAGUGUCAGGGUUAUAAAUGCAGUGAAGAGGAGAGCAUAUGAAGAUGUGUUGUGCAAAGUGCCAGCACACACUAAAGUCACUGUAUCCCUGGAUCAUAGUUUUGAUAACUAGAUUAAUAUAUAUAUGCAGAUUAAUUCCGUGGUUUUUGCCUACCCCUCUUAUAUCUUGUGUGGCUUUACUCGCGGAGAUGAUUGGAAAUCAUUCAUAUUCAGGUUCAUAAUACUGUUUGUAUGUCAAGUGGGUCACCUACAACUCCCCUUUCCUUUCCCCACCCCUGCCACCCACCACCAUCCUUUCCACCUGAGAAUGCCUGUGCUAAGAAUCAAAUUGAUUCUCUUAAAGCUAGAAAAUAUUCUUCACUUUCAUGAAAAAGUGAGUAAGCAUGUGUGUUGGGGUGGUGUGUUUAGCAAUAGGAAAUGAUGAUGAAAGGGAUGCAUUGUUCCCUGUGUGCUUGAUUGUAAUGAGUAUGCAUGUAGUAAUUAUUUUCUUUGCAUGUUAAGAUAUUUUUGAGAAAGAAAAGAUUCCCUCAUCCGAACCCCACCCAUCAUCUUGAACAAAAGGAGUGAUUGGUUGAGAGAGUGAAUGUCAUUUUUCCUUUUUUCAUACCAUAUUCUCUGUGAAACUGAUUGAAAUUGGAGUGAACUAAUUUGUCAAUUCUUCCAUGUUUCAGUGUAACUUGCUCUCCUUUUUCAUGUGUUCAUCUCCUCAUCUGGCAGUUUUGAUUCUGUGUGCAAGUUAAGCUAACAUAAGAUUCUUAUACAGACAAUGUAUGUGCUGAAUAAAUCAUUCCAGUAAGUUGCUUUAUUACUGUGUCCUAGUAAAAGGUGUAUGUUCAUUUCUCUUUUUAGGGCUUUCAGUGGGUUAUUUUUCACUUGUUUAUUCUAGAAGUGAAUGGUAUGUGAUUAUAGAUUUGAUACUUUGUUCUAUUAUGGUGAUUAUUGUUGUUAUUACAUUUAUAUAGUUUUUCAAUUGAGUAAAGAGAUCAUUCUUA